CUCACUGAAGUCGAAGAGGAAACCACGGGCGGGGCUGUUUGCACGUAAAGUGUGCGCGGCGGCCGACUUGAGGGAUAAAACACUGCAGCAACUCCUCUUCAGUGACCUUCGGAAAGCAAAGGCGGCGAUGGUGACCAAGCUGCAGAACAGCCGGCGAAGAGCGAAGCUGCUGCAGACAGCGAUGCCAAACCCUCAACCACAACUAUUGAGAGACACAUCUCCAUCCACACUAAACUGGAAGGCCUCGAGAUGCUGGUUGAACUCAGUGGUGCGGGACGGAAGUCGUGUCCUCUGUGUCCUGAGGAGAAGUUUAAAGCCUGCUACAGCCACAAGCUCCGCCGACACCUGCAGAACCUCCACUGGAAAGUCUACGUGGAGUUUGAAGGCCAGAGGAUGUGCAUCUGCCACCUGCCCUGCAGAAACCUGAAGCCCAGCCUCAGUGGAGAUCAGGCCUCGGGGAGACACGUGGCUCACUACCACUGUGUCGUGUGUUCUGUCACCAUCGCCCGUAAGACGGACAUGGUCAGCCACCUGAAGCGACACGUCAACAAAGGAGAGACUGAAGCCAGCUACUCCGGGAGCUCGGACACCACGUUCGAGGAGCCGGCAGCUCCCUCCGGCCAGGCGUAUGAAAUCAUGAAAGAACUCGGAACCAACGUCCAGCUCCUCCCAAACCACACCACCCCGCAGAAGAGUGACACCUACUUCAACCGCAAGAUGAAGACCAACAGGCAGCUGGUGUUUUGUUCGCUGGCUGUUCUGGCUGAAGAGAGAAACCCGCUCGAGUGUCUGGAUGCUUUUGGAGCCACAGGGAUUAUGGGCCUCCAGUGGGCGAAGCACCUCCGUAACGCCGUCAAAGUGACCAUAACGGAUAUCAGCGACACGUGUGUCAAAAUGAUCAAAGAGAACUGCGAGCUCAACAACAUCCGGGUGGACGGAUGCUCGCGAGGACCCCGGGGGCCCGACGUGGCCGGCAGUGAAGCCAAGGGAGUGCCCAUCGCUACGGUGGAGGUGGCCAAGAUGGACGCAAAUGUCAUCAUGCACCUGCGGCCCUUCGACUACAUUCACUUGGAUCCGUAUGGGACGGCGGUGAACUACCUGGACGCCGCCUUCAGGAACGUCCGGAACUUGGGCAUCAUCUCUGUGACGUCCACCGACACGGGCUCUCUGUACUCCAAGUCUCCCAACGUCACCCUGCGUCACUACGGCUGCCACAUCGUACGCACCGAGUACUACAAAGAGCUCGCUGCACGCAUGGUCAUAGCCACCGUGGCCAGAGCGGCGGCUCGCUGCAACAAAGGCAUCGAGGUGCUGCUGGCGGUGGCGUUGGAGCAUUUUGUCCUGGUGGUGGUGAGAGUCCUCAGGGGUCCAACACAGGCUGACGAGUCAGCGAAGAAGUUAAGGAAACUGGUCCACUGUCAGUGGUGCGAAGAGAGAGUCUUCCUCAAACUGGGCAACAUGGUGGACGACACGCUGCCCUGCAACUGUCACGGAAGUCUGCCUGGAAAGACAGCGGUGCAGCUGGGUCCAUUAUGGUGUGGUGGUCUGUUUAACACGGGCUUCCUGAGGAGGAUGCUGUCGGCGGCGGUGCAGCACAGUAUGGACGACAUCCAGCCGCUCGUCAAAACUCUGAUCUGUGAGUCCGAGUGCACCACCCUCAAGUCUUUGGUCCACGGGGCGUCCGCUCUCACUAACCAGGUGGAGUGUGGCGUCGUCAUUAAGACCUUGCAGAGCGGAGAUGAGUCGGGUCCUGCUGAUCAGUCUGGGAAGAGAAAGACCGGAGAGGAGUCUGGAAAUGUAGUGAAGAAGCUGAAGUCUGAUGCCUCUCUGGAACAUCCGCCCUUCUACUACAGCAUCCACCGCCACAGCAUCAGAGGCAUGAACAUGCCCAAGUUGAACAAGUUUCUUCAGUACCUGACGGAGGCCGGCUUCAGGGUGAGUCGGACUCACUUUGAUCCUACGGGGGUUCGAACCGACGCCACGCUGGAGCAGUUUAAAUCGGUCCUCACAAAGUACAGCGUCCCCACGUACUCCACCGCGACUCAGACGAGUGUGACCACAGAGAAAACGGUGUGAGACAAACCAGCAGGGCCGAGGUCGACUCACACCCCUGAGAGGAAACUCCCAACAAAGUCAGUCCGCUCUCAGACUCUCGCCUCGUUUCUAAUCCGACUCUACUGCUUCUGUUCGCCUAAACACAGUUCUGACUGCACUGAUAUCCAAACAAACCCACCAACUUCUCUGUAUUUGGAUUUGCUUUUACUAGAACAAAGUAGAAAGUCUUUAAUAAAACCAAAAAAAUAAUGUGAAUUUUUAUUAAAACUGCAAAACCAACCUGAUCCUGCAGCACAGAUGAGCCCGAUUUAUAUAUUUAUUUCAGAUUCUUCUUGAAAAUUCAUGUUGCAAAAAGCUUUUUUUCUUCUCUAGCUGGUUUAUUGUUUGUUGUUUUGUGUCUCCCUUCUUAUUAAAACAUAAUAAAAUAUUUCUGCAAAGCCUGAAUUUGCUGAUUUCUCAGGUA